GGGGCCGUGUCCCGCCCAAAGAUGUCCGCCGCCGAGCUCCGCCCUUCGCCUGCCGGGUUGCGCUGAGCGUCGUCUCUCGCCUCACGCUGCUGCUUCUGCCUGCGGCAGCCGGAGCUGCCCGUUGAUCCGCGAUGGUGAACGUGCUGAAGGGCGUGAUCGUGGCGUGUGAUCCUCCCAUGAAGCAGUUCCUGCUCUUUCUGGAUGAAACCAAUGCUCUGGGGAAGAAGUUUGUGAUUCACGACCUGGACGAGACGCAUCUUUUCAUCGCGUCUGAGGUGGUGCCCAUUCUGCAGGAGCGAGUGGGCGAGCUCAUGGACCAGAACUCAUUCCCCAUCACCCAGAAAUAAAGUGUGCGCUCCUCCACAUGAGGGGAAGGCCACCCAAGGAAGAUGUCUCCCGAAGAUCCAAGCAUUUCACUGGCUAGUGGCAAAUAACAUUUGGCUCGACAUGUGGAGUGUUUUGGCAGCGGAAUAAAAAGCUUUUGAAAUGAUGGCUUCAUAGACCGAUCAUAUUGAGUGCUUUGACCCGUGCAGCGAUUUGUAAACAUGUUCAAUGUGCCCAGGUUAUCUUCCUCACGUUAAUAUAGUCACCAGGAAACGUGUGACGCUGAAACCAUGGAUUGUGGUUCAUUUUAAAUUACAGCAUUUUGGCUAAAUGUGAAAGUAACUUCUCACCUGCUACAAAAUGUAAAGUUGAGUGUAAAAUGUCUGAAACGUCAACUGAAACAUUUACAUAAAACUUGAUGGAG